UUACAUCAAUCCGGCAAGAGUGCAUUAGUUAUUCUGACAUCUAAUGAAUAGGUUAACGUUUUCGACGAUCUAUAAAAAGCCUUGACGAUCAAAAACUUGGUGUAUCGAAUUGCAGGACCAACACCAACACAACAUAAAAAUGCGCGCAGAAAAUGACAGCAUAAGUAUGACGGACGAUGAAGACUAUGAAUUGGAAUAUUCAGAAGAAAGCACAUCAGAACCAGACGUGGACCUGGAAAAUCAAUAUUAUCACAGCAAAUCCAUGAAAGAGGAGCAUCCCGACGAAGCGUUGCAAGAGUUUCAAAGAGUUAUAGACAUGCAAUGUGGUCAAAAGGGCGAAUGGGGAUUUAAGGCUUUGAAACAAAUACUAAAACUCAAUUUUAAGCAGAAAAAAUACACCGAGACUAUAAAUCGAUACAAAGAAUUGCUGACGUAUAUCAAGCAAUCAGUUACCAAAAACCAUGGAGAAAAAUCGAUUAAUUCGAUUCUGGAUUACACAUCCACAUCGAAAAAUAUUGAACUUUUACAAGAGUUCUAUGAAGUUACGCUCGAUACUUUGAAGCAUGCGAAAAAUGAUCGCCUCUGGUUUAAAACCAACACGAAGCUUGGUAAAGUCUACUUAGAUCGAGGAGAUUUCUCUAAGCUGAACUACAUCAUCAAACAGUUAUACCAAUAUUUCCAAAAAAGAGAUGGAACGAGCGAUGCUUCGAGUGACGGUCAACUUCUGGAAAUUUACGCUCUCGAAAUACAAAUGCAUACUCGCCAAAAGAAUCACAAAUUGCUUAAAGAAUUGUACGAACGUUGCUUGAAAGUCCGAUCUGGUGUCCCCCACCCCGUCAUAAUGGGAAUAAUAAGGGAGUGCGGAGGCAAAAUGCAUCUCCGAGCGUCCGACUACGAGAAGGCCUACAGCGACUUCUUCGAGGCGUUUAAAAACUAUGACGAAUCGGGAAACCCCAGACGCACAACUUGUUUAAAAUACCUACUUUUAACGAGUAUGUUAAUGAAAUCUGAUAUAAAUCCUUUCGACUCUCAAGAAGUCAAGCCCUACAAACUCGAUCCGGAGAUUCAAGCGAUGACCGAUUUAAUUACCGCCUAUCAUAACACCGACAUGAAACACUUCGAGAUGAUUUUCCAACAAAAUAAGAAGACCUUAUUGGACGACUCCUUCAUCGGUGAGCACAUCGAAGAUUUGAUAAAGAGCGUUCGAACUCAAGUUCUGCUCUCAUUAAUUAAACCCUAUCGCAAAAUCAAGCUGAAAUUUAUAAGCGACGAGCUAAAAAUUCCAGACGAUGAUACAGAAAAUUUAAUUGCCUUGUGCAUUUUGGAUGGUUUGAUUCAGGGACGUAUCGAUCAAGUUAAACAAGUGCUAGUGAUGAACGGUGCAAGUAAUGUUGCCGAAGCCGCACGUUACGAAGCUGUACAAAAACUGACUACACACAUUGGAAACAUAAACAGUCAUCUUAUCCACAAGGUUUAGUAGUGAACUUAUUUUCUUGUUUUAUAUACUGUUAUAAGUAUUGAUAUUUA